AUGGACACAGCCUUCGCCCAACUUCUGAAUUAUGUGUCAGGGGGACGAUGGUUUCCCUACCCCGAGCAGCGUGCAGGGUUUGAGGUUCCAGCUCAAUUCUGGAACGAACCAGAACCUGAACAACAAGAGAUUGGAUACGAAGAUGCGUUCAACGGUAUUGAUUUGGAGGAAAACAGAGACAUUCACAACACUACUCCUUUAGAUGCCUCAGCCGCUUCAACGAUUGAAAAAAGGGGACACACUCCAGACGCAGAGAGCCUUUCCGACGACCUGGUUGUGGGAUGGUAUGGCCCUGACGAUCCAGAUAACCCCCAAAACUGGUCAACUUUAAAGAAGACAACAAGCGCAGCCCAGGUCCUCAUUCUUACCUUCUCUGUCUAUGUCGGAUCAUCAAUCUAUACACCAGGACUCCCUGAGAUUAUGGAGGAUUUCAAUAUUUCAGAGACUGCAGCACUAGUUCCAAUGACAGUCUUUGUCUUUGGAUACGGACUUGGACCUGUCGUCUUCUCCCCUCUAUCCGAACACCCUGUUGUUGGCCGGCUAUGGAUCUACGUCAUCACGCUGGCUAUCUUCGUCAUUUUGCAGGUCCCUACAGCACUCAGUAAGGAUAUUGGUUCGUUGAUCGUGCUACGCUUCCUUGGUGGCAUCUUUUCAUCGCCCGCUCUGGCUAUAUCUGGAGCUACCUUUGGGGACAUUUACGAGAUCGCAUACAUUCCCUUCGCUCUGGCAUUCUGGGCCAUUGCCGGAAUUUGUGGACCUGUUUUUGGACCCGUUAUUGGAAGUAUAUUUGCUCAGCUUCUGAACUGGAGAUGGACAUUCUGGGUGCUGACAAUGAUUUCGGGUCUGUGUCUCGCUGUUCUGUUUUUCUUCUUCCCUGAGACCUCUGCAGGAAACAUUCUCUACAGACGAGCUAGACGACUGGAGAAGCUGACAGGCAAGGAGUAUACAACGGCUGCACGACAAGAAUGGGCUGCCAAGAAGAUGACGACAGUGGCGUACGAUAUUCUGCUCAGACCAAUCCUCAUCACCUUCACUGAGCCAAUUGUCUUUGCUCUGGGUCUGUACAUUGCAUUGCUCUACUCCACCCUCUACAGCUGGUUCGAGGCUUUCCCCAUCGUCUUCAGUCAAACUCACGGUUUCAACACCAUUGAAUCUGGUCUAGCAUACCUCGGUCUUAUCGUGGGAGGUGUUAUUGGGGUGGGAUUGUACCUUCCUAUCAUCUACAGCAAGUUCACCCGUCCAGUGCUGAAGGGUAACUUUCCUCCGGUAGCCAUGUUCAUGAAACUGUGUUUGAUUGGAUCCUCAAUCUUCCCAGCAUCCCUGUUCUUCUUCGCCUGGACGUCUAACAAGUCUAUCCACUGGAUUGUUCCCAUUAUUGCGUCUGGUUUGUGCAUCAUAGGCAUGGUGUUCAUCUUCCAGACUGUCUUCAACUACUUGUCAGGCUCUUACCCCAAGUAUAUUGCCUCUGUCUUCGCUGGAAACAGCGUCUUCAGAGCGUUUGUUGCUGGAGCCUUCCCUCUAUUCACACAUCAGAUGUUUGAUGCAAUGGGCCCUGAGAGUUUCCCUGUUGGAUGGGGAACCACACUGAUAGGCUUCGUUGGAAUUCUGAUGGGUGCUAUCCCCCUGGUGCUCAUAAAAUGGGGUGACAAGUUGAAGGGCUCUUCUCGAUGGGCCUAA